AUGGUCAAGCGCAAGCGACAGGCAUCCACAGCGGAAGCCGACGGCCACAGGGAAGAAGUCGCUGGCUCCCUCACGCCAGCUUCGGCCAGCUCCCGACAGCAGCAAGGCUCCUCGGAUUAUCCCGGUCGGUCUGAGUCGCCUGCCCGUCAGGACGCGGAGAGAAGCCCGCAACAACCCACAGCAAUCCCAUCGCUGGUUAAUGUCUUGCCCAGUAUCACCCGAAAGGUCACUGCAUGUGUGGCCUGUCGGAAAAACAAGACAAAAUGUGAUAUGCCAGAAAAUGGUCCACCUUGCGUUCGAUGUCGCCGGCGAUCGCUGUCUUGUGUACUAAAUCGAAGUCUUCAAUCUUUGGUUGAAGAUACCAAAAAUGUCGAGCACCUGAGGACCGACGUGCAGAAUCUGCAUCAGACCAUUGACACCAUCUGCCAGACCUUAGACCUUCAACGCCCAAGGCCACUUCUAAUAUCAGCAAAUGAGGGAAAUGAGCGGCGAGCUAUUACAGAAAGCAUCGGGCCAGACCGUGAAUGUGACGCUUGUCCAACGGAAGGAUGCGAGGUAUCCCCACCAGAGUCACCCACAGCGGUGCAGGCUCCUAUUGAUACUUUCCUCGAUAUCGCCAAACAUGGAACUCCAAACGCCACGAAGAUUCCACCAGGUGUCACUCGCGCUACUGGCCGAGUGGAUCUCAUUAGUAAAGGCAUCAUCACAGUCGAAACAGCAGAAAAGCUACUGCACCGCUACUUCUCCCGUCUAGAUCACUUUCUCUAUGGCAUCUGUAAUGAGAAUCAGGAUAUAACCCAUCUACGCAAGGAAUCUCCAACACUCCUCGCUGCCAUAUGCACUGUCUCAGCCCUCCAUGACCCCCAUGAUCAGGAAACCUACGAAGCGUGUAAUCGCGAGUUUCGCUCCCAGGUUGCGCGGUCUCUAUUUGAGAAGCGUGACGUGGAAUAUCUACGAGCCUUAUGUAUUACCUCUUUUUGGCUUGCAGAUGCUUCACGAAUCUUGUCUAGUGAUGGCAUCCGUCGAGCAGCUGAUAUGCGUCUCCAUCGCAAUUUCGACUCUCUUCUUGGCAUUCAUCCGCCCGAGUAUUCUUCCCCAUCAAACUCGUCACCAAUAGUUGCAGCAGAUCGCAUCCGCCUAUGGUAUUUAUUAUUCGUCUGCGAUCAACACCUCUCGAUCCUCCACAACCGCGACUCGCUUCUGCGGAACGAUAAGGAUAUUGCGGUGAGCUGGGAAUCAUACCUACAUCGCGCAGAGGCAACAGAGUCAGACGUGCGAAUUCUGUCGCAGGUGUCGCUGCUUUUAAUCAUGGGCCAAGUUCGAGAUGUCUUGGGGUCCGACAAGGAGAUGCAGCUUCCAUCGGCCCUUACUCAUCAGAUUACGAAUUACUCGCGACAGCUCGACAGAUGGUUCACCCGAUUCUCCGCCCUCUUCGUCACGAAUGCGCAUAUCGGGGAAUUUCCAAGAAGAGGGUUGGAGCUGCACUAUCAGUUUGGGAAACUAUACCUUGGUCAUCAAGUGUUCAAAGGGCUCCGUGGCAAUCCCAUCCCCCUUCCUUUUCUAUCCGCGGCCCAAAUGGCUCAUGAGGCGACCGUCACCAUUUUUGAGAUGAUCCGAAAUGAUCCGCAAAUGAGCGAGAACCUCGUUGGCAUGCCACACUAUUUCCAUGUGAUGAUCGCAUUUGCCGGUCAUUUGUUACUGGAGAUAUGUCACAAUCAUCAUGUGCAAUUAAACAUUGAUCUACACGGGGAGCUUCAUCUCAUUAGUGCGGUUUUAGGAGUCUUUCGCAGGAUAGAAUGCAUCACAUAUCACCCAUUGCGCCGAAUGGCUCCUGGGCUGACCCGGAAGCUCUCCGAGACGGUCACCCUGUUAGGACUGGAUGGUAUGUCUGGAACUAGCCACACUGGCAAUAUCUUGCCUCCUGCGGUUCAGCAGGCAGAGAUAGCUGGUGGUACAGGACACUCAGCCCAGGCCUUGGGCUCUAUGAACAAUAUGUUUCUAUUGGGCUCUACCGAGCCUCCUGUUGAUGAUUUUCUCUUCACAGAUAUGGGGGAAUUUACCUUUCCUGACCUAGUGUCGAGUUUCAUGCCGUAG